AUGUCUCAAGGCCAGACAAAUCCCAGAUGGACCCUCGAUCAAGCUCGUCGAGAUGUUGAGGCUCUUGGAUCUCGGGCAAGAGGCAGCAUCUCCGUUCCAACACCUUCUUCAGCCUCCCAUACUGCAAAGCAAGUCCUGGUCUUGCUCAUUCCAAGUCCGAUUCAGAAUAUCCUCUAUCCACCAACCGAACCAACAUCUGCUGUCUCACCGAGACCGACAGCAUGGUUAGAUGGCAUGCGCGGUAUCGCAGCAUUGUUGGUCUUCUUCUACCAUCUCUCAUAUUCAACACAUGAUGUCUAUACUGGCUGGAGUGAGGGCUAUCAUGACUAUCUACGCCUACCGUUCAUCAAGGCCUUAUACAGCGGCCCCGCGAUGGUCUCCCUCUUCUUUGUUCUGUCGGGAUACGCUCUUUCAUACAAGCCGGUCAAACAGAUGCGCAGCGGAGAGUAUGACGUACUGUUUUCUGGCUUAGCCUCAUCUGUGUUCCGCAGAGUGGUCCGAUUGUAUCUACCUUGCGUCGCCUCGACACUCGUCAUUGUAGUGCUCAUACGUCUUGGAUUCUACAGCCGUACCUACGAGCUCGCUACCGAUGCUGAUCGCUUGCAGGGUACGCGUGAGCAUCAUGCCUGGCGUUAUGACACCACAACUGAGCAACUCUGGAUCUGGAUCAGAAGUUUUUCGGGUUUCAUGAACCCAUUCAAGGAAACUGGACUUGGAAAGGGCAUUUACAUGGAUGGCCAUCUAUGGACGAUCCCUGUCGAAUACGUAUGUUCAUAA